AAAGGAGCACUGAAAGGUUGUCCUCUCAACUGAAGGCAAGCAAGCAACAAAGUGGCACAGCAUGCAGACUGCAGCCUUGGUGGGUGUAAUCAUCACCACCCUGACUUUAUCACUAGCUCUACCCACCCUGCCUAAGGAAGAUGGAAAGACGGAGAAGGUGAAGCACAAAAUCAUGGACACUGCAGUUUAUGACAACCUGGAUCUUGACAAUUAUGACCUCAGCCUGGACAAUUAUGGAGAGAUCAUUGAUCUUAGUAAUUAUGAAGAGAUCUAUGAUUAUGGGGAUCUGGCAUCAAAGAUUGAGGUUGGCACCUUGGCUCCACCCAUCAAGAGCAUGACAGAGCCUCUGAGCACAACAGCUGUGCUAACACAAACUCCACUGAGGAGCUCACCAGCUUCCACAGAAGAAAGGCCAAAGGGACCAGGUCUGUUUGGGUCCAUAACAGAUCAGGGUCUUCCCACCUGCUUGAUCUGUGUGUGCAUCAGCACCUCAGUGUACUGUGAUGACACUGAUCUAGAACACAUUCCAUCUCUCCCCUUGGAGACCACAUAUUUCUAUGCCCGGUUCAAUCGCAUCAGUAGGAUUGAAGUGACUGACUUCUCUGGACUCGAAAAAGUGAAACGAAUUGACCUGACAAGUAACUUUAUCUCCUCGGUGGAUGAAGACUCUUUCCAGCUGCUGCCCUCUUUACAAGAGCUUGUCCUCCCAGAAAACAGAUUGACUUCCCUGCCUCUGUUACCCAAAUCCCUUGUACAACUGGAUGCUCGGUUUAACAUGAUCCAGAGUGCAAGCAUUAGACCUGAAGCUUUCAAGGAUCUGAAAAAGCUGCAGUUCCUUCAUCUGUCUGAUAACAAAUUGGACUAUAUUCCAGUGCCCCUGCCUGAGGGUCUGAGGUCUUUGCAUCUACAGAAUAACAAUAUCCAGAUCCUACAUGGAGACACAUUCUGUGACAGCAGAGACUACAGCCACAUCCGCAGGGCCCUGGAGGAUAUCCGCUUGGAUGGCAACCCCAUCAACCUAAGCCUCUUUCCCAAUGCUUAUUUCUGUCUGCCUCGCCUGCCCACAGGCCGUUUCUACUGAAGUAAAGCCAGUGCAUGGAGCCUGAGGGCUGGGAGCUGGUCACAAUCCAUGCCAGGGAAAGAGGCAUUGGCAUUCAUUUCCCUGCCAGGCAGAUGUUGAUGCUGUUGAACUGAUAUUUUGAACACUCUCUCUUUCCUUUUCUCAUCUUAGCCUCCUUUAUAUAGGAGCAUGUAGGACUAAGCUGCAUAAACGUCACCUCAGAAAGAAGAACUGACAAACAUGUAAAAGUUAGUGCUAAUUAAAUAUAAUGUCAGAUUGAAGCAUGCACUCUGUG